AUGGUAUCUACUGCUAGCUUCUUUUGCAUAGCUAUUGCUGUUUUUCAUCUUGGUGACUGUGCCAAGCAAACAGCCGGAGUUCGUGGUGUUUUGAUGUGCGGAAAUGUUCCGGCUCAAAACGUUAAAGUGAAGCUGUAUGAUGACGAUACCGGACCCGAUCUUGACGACAUGAUGGCUGAGGGAACAACAGAUUCAUUGGGCCAAUUCCUAUUGCAUGGCACCGCUUCAGAACUCUUGACGAUAGAUCCUAAAUUGAAUAUCUAUCACGAUUGUGAAGAUGGGAAGCCUUGUCAACGUAAAGUCUCAAUCCACUUGCCCAAAAGCUACGUCAUCAAAGACAGGGAGAGCCCCAGCCACUACUUCGACAUCGGAAUCUUGAAUCUGGAAGGAGAAUUCGAGGGUGAAGAGCGUGACUGUAUUCAU